UUGUACUAGACUUAAAUUUUUGGCUCCGUUGUUAGAGAAUCGAUGCCCAUGUCGCUUGGUCGUCAUUGUACAACCUACAUGCAGGGGCGGACCACGUGUUGCUAAGGGUGUCGGACUUUGCCCGGAAAUUAUGUGAAGAACCUAUAUUUUUUUUGUACAAAAAAAUUUAAUAUGAGAUUUCCGACAUCGCUUUAAUAAUUACAACCGAUACUCGUUAAUUAGACGACACCUCUUUUCAACAAUACUGGGUCCGUCAUUACCUACAUGCGAAGAGAUUUUUUUUUUUUUUUGACAAAAAAUAGUUACAUGCGAAGAGAUUGAAGCAAUCAGAAGAAAGAAAGAAAAAAAGUUGGUUAAGCUAUUAGAAAGAAGAUGAUUUAGUUGCACUAUUAUAAAGAAGAAGGAAAAAAGUACAAAUGAAACCCGAAGUGCACGAAACUAAUUGAUUCCUACUCAAGUAGUAGUCUUUUCCUUUUUUAAUUAUGAACUAAUAAUCUCCAACGUUAAUUUAAUGCUCCAUUAUUAUUAAUUAUAAAAAAUAUCUGAUAAAAAAUCAAAAUUUCUGACAAGGACGCCAUUGAUAAUCCAAUCCCCAAACCUAAAAGGAAUAAAACCUUCGAUUUCCCUUUGGAUAUUCCCUCCUACACAAAUCAAAAACCCCUUCAAAAACUUUCAACUCCCUUCUCUUUCAAAAAUCCAAGCUCCCAUCCCCAAUUCCCCACAACCGCCAGCCAUGGAUUCCCUCAACUUCUCUACCUGCCUCGCCCUCUUCCUCUCCAUCUACCUAUUCGCCUACUUGGUCCUCUUCCGCAAUUGGGGCUCCAAACACCGCGCCGAAGCUUCCUCCUCCUUCAUGUCCCUCUCCCACGGCACCCCCGCCGUCCUCCUGGCCGUCCGCGCCCUCCUAACCGGCGCGGCAGGCGGCGCUCCUCCUCUCGCGGCGCCGAAUUCGGAAUUCCAGAACUCAGUCCUCGAUUUCAGCACGGCCUACUUCGUGGCCGACCUCCUCCACUACCUCGCCUUCUCCCCCUCCGACGUCCUCUUCAUCCUCCACCACCUGGCCACGCUCUACGUCUUCCUCACCUGCCGGUUCCUGGUCGGCAGGGGAGCGUACGGCCUCCUGGAGCUCCUGAUCCUCGCGGAGGCCACCAGCGCGUGCCAGAACGUGUGGAGCAUCGCCCGGUUCCGCAAGGGCGAGUCGGCCGCGGCGGCGAGGCUGUACGAGUUUCUGUCCCCGUUCUUCUACGUGUUCUAUUCGGUGGUGAGAGGGGUCCUGGCACCGAUUUUCAUUAUCCAGAUGGUGGCGUUCUUCGCCGGCGGUGAGGGCCGGGGGUUGAUUCCGGCGUGGGUGUGGGUGUCGUGGAUGGUGGUGAUUGUUGCGGCGAUUGCGGUGAGUGUGAUGUGGGUGUCGAGUCACUGGGUGGGUUGGUGUAAGGAGAGAGGGUUUUGGGGGCGGAGGAGCUCUGAUUUGCAAAGGAUUAGUAAUAAGGUGAAGUAGUAGGGUUUCGCUCCGGCCGGAUAAUUCGAUUUUUUUUUUUUUUUAGGGAUUGGUUUGAUUGCUGUGUUGUGUGUAUAUGUGAUUCUGUUAAUUCACUGCUGCUGCUUCUUCUUGUUCAUAAGCUGUGGCUUCCUUUGUUCUUCUUCUUCUUCUUCUUUUUGAGCAAUGUGUCGACGUGUGGAUUAGCGUCGACGAGCUCAUGAGUCGAUUGUAAAUGUAACAAAUACAGAUCGACGUGCUUAUGAGUCGAAAAUUAAUUUGGAUGUAACGGUCGCAAAUGUAGCGAGACAACAUUAUAAUGAAUAUUUUGUUGGAAA